AUGUCUCACUCAUACCUUGAUUCAGAUAUAGAUAUGAGUAAACAGGAAGAUGUUAUUGAUUCAGACAAUCUUCCUGUCAUUGAUUUUCAGUGCAUAAAUGAAGAGAAACAGAAGCUGCAUGAAGCUUGUAUGGACUGGGGUAUAUUUCGUUUGGUUAACCAUGGGAUUCCAUCUGGUCUUUUGAACCAACUACAUGAAACUUCCAAACAGCUUUUUCAUUAUAGCUUUGAAGCAAAACAAGGGCUGUUUAGCAACAGCCCUAUCACAUAUUUUCGAGGCACACCUGCCCUUGACUCACAAGGGAGGGCUUUACAACCACCGCGAAAUGUUGAAUGCAUGGAAGGUUUUAAUGUUCCUCUGAAUCAACUUCUGAGUACUCAUGCCAGCCAAGAUGAUGAUGCUUCAUUGCCUGCUUCUUUCAGAGGUUUGAUAGAAGAAUAUGGUAAGCACCAGUCAAGACUUGCAGAAACGAUAUAUAAAGCAAUUACAGAGAGGCAAAAUGAGGGGCUAGAAGAUUUCCCCUCCUAUCUUUCAUUAUCAACCGGAUUCCUACGGGUCUACAGGUAUCCAGCAGUGUCCCAGCUAAAUGAAUCAUCAUGGGGCAUGGAUGCCCACACUGAUAGCUCCCUCAUUUCCAUAUUGAAUCAAGAUCUUGUUGGUGGCCUUCAAUAUUAUAGGCUGGGUCGUUGGUUUCAUGUCUGUCCUAUUCCCAACACAUUCAUUGUCAAUCUUGGUGAUUUAAUGCAGGCUAUAAGUGAUGAUGAGUACAAGAGUGUGAAGCACAGAGUAAGGUUGAACAAGCACAAAGAAAGACUAUCCAUAGGCUACUUUGUGUUCCCAGACGACGAUAGAUUAAUACACAGCCAGCGUUAUAAGCCCUUCUCUUAUUCUGAUUUCCGAGCUCAAAUUCAACAAGAUCUUGAAACUGUUGGCUACAAAGUUGGACUCCAAAGAUUCAGACGAUCUGGUUGAUAUUA